AUGGCCUCACUCACCCCAUCGUCCGUCAUCCACAUCCAUGCCUACCCGCCCCCCAUCUUCGCCUCCGCCCCCGUCCCCGAAACAAGCCCUUCCUCCUCCUCCUCCUCCUCCACCGCCACCGCUGCCAAAGAUCCCACCCCCCCAGCAACCCCGGCACCCCCAACCCCGGAACCAGAACCCCCCACCUCCCACCUCUCGACCCCCCAACUCCUCCCGGCCCCCCGGACCCUCAUCCCCGCCUCCGCCCUCGCGGCCAAGGCCACCUCGACGAAGACGACCGGCGCCGCUGCCAAGCCGGUCGUCACGCGGGAAGGUCCCGUGGAGGUCGAACCGCCUCCUCCUUCUUCUUCUUCUUCUCCUUCUUCUUCUUCGUCGUCGAAAAAGGACGGAAAGGCGGUGGCGGAACGGCCCAGGACCAGGAAUGGGUAUUUGCCGCCUGGGACGGACGUUGCGGGUGGUGUUGGGAUGGGGAAGGGGAAGAUGGGGAAGAUGGGGAAAGCGGGUGGGGAUGGGGAUGGGAAGGGGAAGUGGGUGAGGUAUCGGGUCGUGGAGAGUGGGAUCACGACGACGGUGGAGGGGUUGGAGGGGGGGGGGAGGAGGACUGUAUGGGUGCGAACGGAUAGGGAAGUUACCGUACGUACCGCUUUACUAUCCAUCCAUACCUCAUCCAUCCGCACAACACUCCCUCCCCUAUCACAAUCCAUCCAUCCUAACGGACAGAUCCAGGUCCUGAUCGAGCCGGCCGAGGGGGACAAGGCCAAGGAAGAGAAGGAGCAGAAGAAGGAGACGAUCGUGGGAGGGUCGAGUGCGAGGCGGAGGGCGAGGGUGGCGGGGUCGCGCUGA